CGCAGACCCCGACGAAAUGGCUGAAAAUUUGAAAUCCGUCUCGCUCCUCGCCGCCGCACGCCCGCACCGCACCAUGCUGCAUCUCCUUCUGCUGUCAUGCUGUGUGUAGUGUGUACCACGAAACACAACUCCAAUCCAGAAUCCACGCCUCCCAAAGCUCUCCUACUCUCAAACACCACCAUAGCAUCGGUUCGCCAUUAAACCGGUCACCUCGCCUCCCUGGCGCUGCCCCUCUUCCUCUCCACCGCGUUCGAAUCCCAUGGGUCUCUGUUUCAGCAAGAAGCAGCAAGAGAAGCGCCGAGACGUGCAGCCAUCCAGUGACGCCAAGAAGAGCGGAUGCCGGAAAUCCGGCAGGGACACCGUGCUUGUCGCCGAUGCCAAGAAGGCUCCUCAGGCAAAGGCGCCAGCACUUCCCAAGAAGGCUGUAGCCAGGCCGGAGGAGGCAACAGCUGACAAGAGGACCGUGUUCGUCGUCAAGGCCGCGGCAGCGGCGGCGGCCGCCGAGGUUGCGGCCGCCGCGAAGGGAAGACCCGAGGAUGCGCAGGCGAAGAGGGCGGCGCCGGAGGAGGAGCUGAGGCCCGGCGCUGUGGGCCGGGCGCCAGUGCGGACGUCGAGCUGCACCAAGGAGGAGUUGGACGCGAUCCUGAUCCAGUGCGGCCGCCUCAGCCGUAGCUCGUCGUCGUCCGGGAAGGCGCCGUCGGGCGAGCACCGGAGGUACGCCGGAUCCAAGCGGAGCUACGACUUCGACCACGAGAGGAGGGGCGGUGGCGGCGACGUCGACGAAUGCGAUUGGGGCAGGGAGGGGGCCGCGGUGGCCAGGCCCUCACCGCGCCGGAGGUCGCCAGAACGGAAGCGCUCGUCGAGCCACGAUGGCCGUGCUGGCAGCGGGAGCGGGAGCCAGAGCCGGAGGAUUAGCAGGUCACCGGGGCGGCGAGCGGACGUCGUUCCCGCCCCGGGGAGCUCCGCGACCGGCGAGCGAGGCGCGAGGCAGCAGCCGGGCAAGAUGGUGUCGGUCCCGGCCAGGGAGAAGGGGCGCGCGCCGUCGCCCGUGAAGGCUGCUUCGUCUGGCAAGAGGUACCCAUCACCAAGGUCAAACUCGCCCGCGAGGGCAGCGGCCUCGGGUAAUGAGAAUGCCGGGGUGCAGUCGACGCACGGUCCCUCGCUGAGCCGCAGCACCUCUAGGAAGGCCGAGCAGUCGCCGUUCCGUCGCAACCCCAUGGCGGAACUCGACGAGAACACGCUCGGCAACCACCACCACCAUAACAGCAACGGCAGGCCUCUAAAGAAAUCCGUUGAUGGUGCCGUUGUAUUGCCACAAAAGACCGCGGAGCGGACAAAGGAUCAGAUCUCCAGCUGCCGAACUGCGAAGGAGAUUGCGGAUGAGGCCGUGGCUUCGGACACCAAAGCAGCGCCUGCAAGGAUGAACGCGACCCACUCGGUGAGCAUUGUGGCCGAGAACGUCACCAAUCCGAGGCCGGGGAGCCGGUCGUCGAGGCGCUCCUCACGCGACUUCGAGCACAAUGGCAACACCUACGCAUCCCUGUUACUGGAGGACAUCCAGAACCAGCAGCAGCAGAGCACCAGCGCUGCCACUGUCGCUGCAGCGCCGACCUUCGCGCUUCCGGCGUGUGUGUCGAAGGCCUGCUCUAUCCUUGAAGCGGUCGCCGACCUCAACUCCUCGUCGUCCGAGAACAAGAACUUCGAGCUGGAGAGGUCGGUCAACGAUAAGGAAUCCGUCAACGGCAGGUACGGCGGAAAGGGUGCGGUCACCCUCGUGAUGGAGUCGGAGGUCGGCGUGAAGGACGAUCUCAUGGAGCCGAGCAUGCACAAGUACGUCUCGGUGCGUGACAUUCGUGGGGAGACCGAGCCGCAGGAGUCAGCAGGGAGCAACAGCUUUGCCGGCAACGCCUGGACGUGCUCGUGGGAGCCCAAUUCCGUCGACUCCGCAGACCGGACCUGGACGGCCUCGCAGUCGUACAACGGCGACGAGGUGGAGCAGUCAUGGCAGAGCAAGCAGAAGCCGUCGUCAUCCAAGGAGCCCAGCCACGUUGGUUCUACUAGCGAUGUUCAGGUCCAGCGCGUGCGGGGUGCUCACCGCCUCCGCGGCAGCAGCAGUGCUGUCAACGGCCAGUCCGAUGUUCGGGGUGUCUCGGCGAGUUCGUCGAUCGCUUAAGGAUGCAACUGGAGGUUUUAGGAGUCAUAUGCUCCAGUUGGUCACGGUAUCAAGCUGUUGUGGCAAGAUAGGUUGCUGUUUCAGACUAGUGUUUAAGCGUUUGGAUUCUUUGCUUAGUUUGAUGAUAUACUCUCCUCGUUCUUUUUUUAUUUAUCACGUUUUAGUUAAAAAUAAACUAACGAAAACGAAGACAGUACAUUGUUUAGAUGUGAUCAAGCAGUGAUAUUGGCAAUGUAUACUCUUCCGUUCACUUGCUAAUGCUUAGCGUCAGCAAACAUA